AUCACUACAAAGGUCUCACUCAUAUCCUUCUCUCGACUCUUCGUUUCUUUUAUUCUAAUCUCACCGGCCUUUCGAAGAAGGAAGAGAAGAGAAAAUACAAAGACGAAGAAGAUAAUCAGUCGUUUCCUUCAUUCGUUUUUUUUCGCCAUUAUCGGAUCUCGGGUGCUACCAAACCCUAGAGAAUAAUUAUGGAACAAUUUCUGUAAUUAAUCUUUGAUCUUGAAAGGCUUUCAAUCGGAGCCAUUAUCUCUGAUAAAUCAUCCAUCUGCCCUAGUGAAUCAUCUGUAAUUCCCAAUAAUGUCUGGUUCGGGAGGGUUUGCUUUCGCGCGUAGUCACGACGGAGACCGCUUUUAUAAUCCGCCUCCAAUGCGAAGACAUCAACAGCAAUUGUUGCAACAGCAGCUUCAGAGGCCGACAAAGCCGAAGGCCCCAGUCAAGGCUGAGAACAAAAUGGAGUCUGACGACUCCACAUCGUCGAAACGUUCAGUUCGUUCGUCGUCUCCGACGAGACAGACAAGUUCUACCAACUUGGAUCGCUUCUUGGAGUCAACUACUCCUGUCGUUCCGGCGCAGUAUUUCUCCAAGACUAGCAUAAGGGGAUGGAGAACCUGCGAGACCGAUUUUCACCCGUACUUCAGCCUGGGGGAUCUAUGGGAGUCUUUCAAGGAGUGGAGCGCGUACGGUGCAGGUGUGCCUCUUCUGUUGAACGGGAGUGACUCUGUUGUGCAGUACUACGUGCCAUACUUGUCGGGCAUUCAGUUGUACAUAGACCCAUCCAAACCCUCCUCGAGGUCGAGGUGGCCUGGUGAUGAGAGUGAUGCUGAGUCCUCUAGAGGAAGUAGUGAGGGAAGCAGUGAUUGUGAGCUAGAACGGAGAGGCAAGCACAUCUCAGAGGGUUUGUGGGGUCACCAUAACUUGAUGGACUUGAACACAAAAAGAAUGAACAGGAUAUUUUUGAGAGAUGAACCUCUUGCUGGUUCAUCAAGUGAUGAAGGUGAAGUUGGCAAUCCACCAGGGCUGUUAAUAUUUGAAUAUUUGGAGCAGGAUCCCCCAUACAGCCGAGAACCUCUGGCAGAUAAGAUUUCAGUUCUUGCCUCUCAAUUUCCAGAACUUCGGACAUAUAGGAGUUGUGAUCUACUUCCAGCAAGUUGGAUUUCUGUGGCGUGGUAUCCAAUAUAUAGGAUACCGACAGGUCCAACACUCCGAGAUCUGGAUGCAUGCUUUUUAACAUUCCACUCUCUGUCUACUCCAUUUAAGAGUACAGAUGGUCAAUUUCAACAGAGCUUUGUUAGAAAAAUCAACAGAGAAAUUCGUGGGAAUGAGAAACUAUCACUUCCGACAUUUGGGCUUGCAUCUUACAAAUUUAAGGCUUCAGUUUGGACCCCAAAUGGAGUCUAUGAACGCCAGCAAGCAAGCUCAUUGUUACAAGCAGCUGACAACUGGCUCCGGCUCUUACAAGUUGAUCACCCUGAUUACCGAUUCUUUGUAUCUCAUAAUACUUACCGGAGAUGAGGGAAGGGUUUUCACUGUAGUGCCUCUAUUAAGAGAAAUGGCAAAGUUGUGAGUUUUGGAAUGAAGCUUGGCAAAAGCCAGAAUACCUGCCACGCAAUUCUCCUACAGACGGUUAUGAAUCUUGUGCCCUGUUGCUUCAGCAAUGUCAUCCUUUGGUUUUACAAGUCAUCAUUGCCAAAGUCAGACUUCGAAUGAAAAAGGGAUUCUGUUGAUGCAACGUGACCCGGUUUUUUUAAGGUGAGUGAGUGCACAGGAUGUUUAAGGCAGACCGCAAUGUGAUUGCUUACUUUUCUGGUAGGGUUGCGAGAACAAUAACUGGUAGAUUUGGGACCUAAUGAGUAAUGACCUUGUUUUUUUCUUGUGUGGGUUCUGAAGGUGUUAGUGAUAUCAAAAAUGUUAGCGAAACUAUGACUGUAACUUUGUGAAACAAUGUUCGAUUAUUUCAUAUGGAUGGAUGGGUUAAAGAUUAAACUGGC